GCCAGGAGUAGUAAAUGCGUGACAUCACAACUUUCAGUUUUACUAAUAAUCACAUGACGGUCAUGUUUAGUGACGACUAAACAGUUUGUACGAUUGCUAUGUAAUUCACUUCUUUCGACGAAAGGGACGAUUUCAAGAUGAAUACGGGAUUUGAUAUUGAAAUUACCGAGUCAGAAGAGAGCGAACUAUGCGACUGGCAGUUACCACUGGCUUUCAUGAAGAAACGCCAUACGGAGGAGAUCGUGGGAAGUAGAACGGUGUCGCAAACAUGGAGACUCAAAGAAAGGAUGAAAACUGUGAGUGUAGCGCUUGUUCUCUGUUUGAAUGUUGGUGUUGAUCCCCCUGAUAUUGUUAAAACCACACCUUGUGCAAGGCUGGAAUGUUGGAUCGAUCCCCUGGCAUUGAGUCCACAAAAAGCGCUGGAAGCAAUUGGUGGUAAUUUGCAGAAACAAUACGAAAGAUGGCAACCUAGAGCUAGGUAUAAGCAAAGUCUUGAUCCAACCGUGGAAGAAGUGAAAAAGUUAUGUACCUCGCUGAGGAGAAAUGCCAAAGAAGAGAGAGUUUUAUUCCAUUACAAUGGCCAUGGUGUACCCAAACCCACUAGCAAUGGUGAAAUAUGGGUUUUCAACAAGAGCUACACACAGUACAUCCCGCUGUCCAUCUAUGAUCUACAAACCUGGAUGGGCAGUCCCUCUAUAUUUGUGUAUGAUUGCUCCCAUGCUGGGAUAAUAUUAGAAUCAUUUAAACAGUUUUGUAUACAAAGGGAACAGGAGUAUGAACUGGCGCAGAUCAACCGUAAUCAUUCCGGUAUUCAUAACAACAUGCCGAUGCCACCUCCAUUAAAGAACUGCAUACAGCUAGCAGCGUGUAGUUCCACGCAGCUUUUACCUAUGAACCCAGAACUACCAGCUGAUUUGUUUACAUCUUGUCUCAGUACGCCUAUUAAAAUAGCACUCAAGUGGUUCUGUAAUCAAAAAAGCAGUAAAUUGGUUCCUGGUGUCACACUGGAGCUUAUUGACAAGAUUCCUGGUCGUUUGAAUGAUAGGAGGACACCUCUUGGUGAACUGAACUGGAUAUUCACUGCCAUCACAGACACUAUUGCGUGGAAUGUACUUCCAAGAGAAUUGUUUCAGAAGCUCUUUCGUCAGGAUCUUCUUGUGGCUAGUUUAUUUCGUAACUUUCUGCUGGCAGAGAGAAUAAUGAGGUCAUAUAACUGUACACCUGUAUCAAGUCCACGACUGCCACCAAUGUAUCACCAUCCAAUGUGGCAAGCAUGGGAUUUAGCAGUGGAUCACUGUCUAUCACAGUUAUCAACCACAAGCACACAGGCAGAUUAUAAACACAGUCCGUUCUUUGCUGAACAGUUAACUGCAUUUCAAGUAUGGCUGACACUGGGUGAUGAAAAAAGAAACCCACCAGAACAAUUACCAAUUGUUUUACAGGUGCUAUUAAGCCAAGUUCACAGACUGAGAGCGUUGGAUCUUCUCGGAAGGUUUCUUGACCUUGGUCCAUGGGCUGUCAGUCUUGCUUUAUCUGUUGGUAUCUUUCCUUAUGUUCUUAAACUUCUCCAGAGUUCAGCACGAGAACUCAGGCCACUUUUAGUUUUUAUAUGGGCCAAGAUUCUUGCUGUCGAUAGUUCGUGCCAAAGUGAUCUUGUCAGAGACAAUGGUCACAAGUACUUUUUAUCAGUUUUAGCAGAUCCCUACAUGCCAGCUGAACACCGGACAAUGGCGGCAUUUGUUUUAGCUAUGAUAGUACAUAACUAUAACAAUGGACAGGAAGCAUGUCUACAAGGAAAUCUUAUUGCAAUAUGUUUAGAUCAACUAUCAGAUCAGCAUCAUUUAUUGCGACAAUGGCUUGCACUGUGUCUCGCUAGGAUAUGGACAAACUUUGAUGCAGCUCGAUGGUGUGGUGUACGUGAUAGUGCACAUGAAAAACUUUAUUCACUGCUAAAUGACCCUUUACCGGAGGUUAGAGCGGCCGCAGUUCUUGCUUUGGGUACAUUUAUUGGUAAUUGUGCUGAGAGGACAGACCAUGCCAAUAAUAUUGAUCACAACGUAGGGUUAACUCUACUUAGUGUACAGCAUGAUGGCAGUCCAAUUGUCAGGAAGGAGUUAGCAGUUUCAUUACAUGAGUUUGUAUGUCAGUUUGAAAGUCACUUUGUGUUGAUAGCAAUGCAAUGGAUAGAAGGAGAACAGAAACGAUCACAGGAGUUACAAAGUCCUGAUGGUCCACCUCCAGAUGGUGACCUGGGUAUGAGAAGAGGUGCCUCAUCGAAUUCUUUACGUAGAGUGAAUACUGCCUUACCUCUUAGCCAUAGUACCAGUAAUCUUCUUAAUGGCCCGCUUUCACCAUUAAACAGCAUCAGCAGUUUGGGCAGCCAUAGCAAUGGUGGUGCGGGCAGUGCAGAUCUUCCAUUACCCGUACCCCAGACUCUAUACACACCAGACAAAAUCCGUAGAGUUCCAUCUGGGAGUUCACUUUCGUCUCUCUGGGCGCCAGCAUAUGGUAACGUGUAUGCACAGGUCUGGAAGAGUAUCAUACUUCUUGCCAGUGAUCCGCAUCCCGAUGUCAGGGACUUAGCUGCCAAAAUUAUCGGUGCAAUAAACCUUAAGGCUUCAGUUACGGCCAAACCUCAACGAGUAAAAGAAAGCAGAAGAACUUUUUCAGCUCCCUCCAGCCCCACAAACAGACAACUUGGACCUGGCUAUCUUGAUGAUUCACCUCCAAAUGAUAAACUACACAUACCUCAUGAAAUAGCAAGACCAGUAGCAUUACGACCUGGUGAGCAACCACAUCCAUCUCGUCCGCAGAACCCGCCACCUAUAGGAGCACAGUUUCUUCAUUCCCAUCAAUUCCCACGAUCCCGUAAGAUGUUUGGCAAGGGUCCUAGUGUAACAUAUGAAGAUUCAGAUGAAGUGUUAUCAACAAAAAGACUUACAAUUGACACUGAAUUUCCACAGUGGAGUUCUAAGUACUUUGCACAAUCUGUUAUGAAGAUGCCUGAGGAGAUUGAUCCCGAGAGUGUGCUACACCACAAAAGGGAAUUUCGGUUUAUUAGGAAUGCUCGGGUACGGAAAGAAGCCAGAGAACUACAGCUUAAAGCUCGUAAUCGUCUGGACGACCAAAUUUUUAUAAACAAAAAUCAAAAUGUGCCACUUGCUUUAAAAUUUCAUCCGUAUGAACCUCACAUGGUUGUUGCAGACAGAGAAGGGAUAUGUACAUGGAAUUGGGAACAAGGUGCCAAACUUAAUUACUUUCUUAAUGGAAAUGUGAAACCUACUCGAAUAACUUCUAUAGACUUCAUGAAUGGUCAUGAUAUAGGACUUUUACUCACAGGAUCGGAUGAUGGUGCUGUACGGAUAUGGAGGAAUUAUUCUAUAGACCGUAAAUUAGAGUUAGUAACUUCAUUGCAAGCUUUAACUGACAUGUUGCCAUCCACAAGGGGUUCUGGUUUAGUGAUAGAUUGGGAGCAAGAAUCCGGUAUGUUACUAAUCCAUCAUGUGUGCCCAAAUCCUGUGCCUGAUGCAUCUGAUAUUAUCAUGACUGCUCAGGAAGGCUGGGGUGAAUGA